AUGGUGCUCUCUCCAAUAUCAGCCAUAGCAGCUCUUGCUGUAUCUCUACUCCUCUUCUACAAAGGCAUCAUAUACCCCGUCUUCUUCUCCCCACUGUCAAAGAUCCCGAAUGCACACUGGUCUGUCCCGAUAUCGCCUGCUUGGAUUCUAUGGAAGCGUUUCAGGAGCCAGAAUAACCGAACCAUCCAUGCAGCCCACGAAAGACUCGGUCCUAUUGUCAGACUGACACCGGCAGAGAUCUCAAUCAACUGCGUCGACGGCGGUAUCAAGUCCGUCUACACCGGCGCCUUUGAGAAGCAUGAAUGGUACCCGAGGGUGUUCGGGUCAUUUGGAACCAUCAGCAUGUUUACCAUGACCGGGAACAAAGAGCAUUCAUUCCGCAAGAGGAUGCUGUCGAACAUCUACAGCAAGUCGUUUCUGCAGUCGUCGCCGCAUAUGUGUCUGAUCUCGGAGACCAUGUUGCUUGAACGUCUCUUGCCUCUUAUUCAUGAAGCGGCAGUCUCCAACACCCCGAUAGACAUGCAUGAGACUGGCCAGGCGCUGAUAAUGGACUUCGUUUCGGCGUACAUCUUUGGUCUGGCAAAUGGUACUAACUUUCUCAAGGACGAGGCUUACCGGCGUAGGAUGCUCCGCCUGUAUUUCUCCAGGAAGCCAUAUGAGUUCUAUUAUCAGGAGAUCCCGAAUCUAGUGUCUUGGUUGCGUUCUUUCGGAAUUCGUUUGAUACCGAAGUGGUGUGAUGAGGCGAAUGAAAGGCUUGGUGCCUGGUGCUUGGACCUGUGUGACAAGGCAGACCAAUCUGUCGGAUCCAUCAAAUUGGAAGAAGAACCGCUUGUCUUCAAGCGGCUCAAGCAGAGCAUCACGAAGCAUCUACCGGACGAAAAAUAUGACCUAGAGUCUCACACAAACAGCUCCAAGCAGCAACGCUUCGACAUAGCAGCCGAGCUAUAUGACCAACUCACAGCUGGCUUCGAGACGAGCGCAGUGGCCCUGACAUAUCUAUUUUGGGAACUCAGCAAGAGACCUGAUCUGCAAAAAGAGCUCCGUGAAGAGCUCCUAACCCUAGAACCUAGGAUUAAAUAUCCUCGACCUCCCACAUCCAGAGAGCUACCAUCGCCCAAGUCUAUCGACUCCUUGCCUCUCCUAGAGGCAACCGUCACAGAAACGCUGCGUAUUCAUGCACCAAUCCCAGGCAUCCAGCCUCGAGUGACCCCCUAUCCAACCUGUACUCUAGCCGGAUAUGACAAUAUUCCUCCCAACACGCGCGUAAACGCCCAGGCAUACUCGCUCCACCGGAACCCUGAGGUAUUUCCGGAGCCGGAAACGUGGGAGCCGAAGAGGUGGCUCAAUGAUGACAAUUCAUCCGUUGAUCUGGAGGAAAGGAAACGGUGGUUCUGGGCUUUUGGGAGCGGUGGAAGGAUGUGUAUUGGGAGUAAUUUGGCUUUACAGGAAAUGAAGCUGGUUGUUGCUGCCAUUUACACCAACUUCAGCACUGUCGUGAUUGAUGAUGAGGAUAUUGAAGCGACAGACGCUUACACAGUGAAGCCAAGGGGAGAUAAACUGGUCCUGCGGUUCAUGCCUCUUUAG